CAUCUCCUCUCUCAGCCCUCGGGGGAGGGGUCGGCUCUGGCCGGGGGGCUUCUUCGCUUCCUGAUGGGGGCGCCCCAGGGCUUUAGUCGUGAGUGGUGGCUGGAGCUGCUGGAUCUUCUCGGACUCUUGCGCCCUUUCCGGGAGCGGCUGGCUGGUGAGCGGGGGCGUCUGCUUCCAGCUCUGGAGCGGCUGAACAGACAGUAUGAGCGGCACAGGCGUCUCCUCUGCCACCUGGAUGUCCCUGGAGCUCUGUGUGCCGCCCUGCCCCCCGACACCUCCACACUCUUUACCCUCCCCGCGGACCUGGAGGAGCACUACCGAGCCCAGCAGACCCCCUUCUAUCUACAUGACCUUCCACGUUAUGUGGGGGACGUAGGAGCCCAGCUGGCAGCUGCAGAGUCCAUAUGGUGCUGUGGCCCUAAAGGUCUCCCCCGGGCCCUCUGCACAGAUAUCCCACUGAGGAUACAGCCCCACACAGAUCCAGGGACCCCGUCCAGUGGGGCCCCUGAGGUGCUGCACCGACCCCUGGAGCAUAAGAAGAGUGUAGGGGCCACAAGUCACCCCCUGUCGGGGUACGAGGCUGCGGAGAUCCUGGUGCAGUACCGACACCUCGGCAAAGUUGUCUUCCUGUAUCUGAACCGAGCCAGCGGGGUCCGGGACUGCUUCUAUGACCUCAGGGUCACCCCCGUCUCCCGCCGUCACCCGGAGCACUUUCUCUUUUCACCCUUCGGAAUUCUCUAUGUGAACCCCGUGAGCGGCUCGGAGGUGCAGGAGCUGGGGGCCUGGCAUCGGGAGUCCGUCCUGUGCCGCAGCCUGAGGAGGAUCCCCUUCUGCCGAGACUUCCUGACCAGGAGAGCCUUCAGAUGGUGGAGGAGAUGUGUGCGGAGGACGUGUUUUCUCAGGCGCAGCGCCAUGUUGAGCCGCAGACUGCUCACCAGCGUCCCCCAUUACACCGCUGCCCUGCAUCACAUCAACAGGUUUCUCCAGGAAUUGGCACAGCUGUCCUGGCUUCCUGCACACGUCUCUAAUCCGAUUACUAUAGAUCAAUUAGACGCAGAGCAAAGCCUUAGAAGGUCCACCGCCAAAAGUCACCUGUGCAGCCUCCUGAGCCUAGCCUCCCAGAUUCUGGACAUGGUCAGACAGGACACCUACAUGAUGGUGCAGACAAGCCAGGAGGACGCCGUGCACUGCCCGGACAAGGCCACCAGGGGGCGACUGGCACACAUGGAGUCAUGGCUGCACAGACUGGGGAGUCUCUCGUCUCUUGUAGGGUACAUCACCUGCGAGAACCUGAUGUCCAUCCUGCAGCGGGAUGUCAGCGGCUUUGUGUCGGGCAUCAUCCAGAUGAUGUCCACAACUGGAAGGCCUUUCCUGCUUGUCCGCCUGGAGUUUGGGGAAGAUGGAGACCUGCGUCUCUGUCCAUCGGCCGGUCAGAUACAGCAGAGCGUGGAGCAGAUGCUGACCUGUGUGCUGGAUGAUGUGCUGCAGGUGAUGGACGCCGGUCACCAGGAGCCACCUCAGGUGUCAUCCAUGAUACAUCCUCGCACAGAGCACGGGUCUUCUGUGCUCUCGGGCCUUGGAGGGCAGCAUAUUCGCCAGGUUGUCCCAGCAUCAGCCCUGCCACCUGGUAAAUGCCAAGAAAUGCCAAUGCCUGGAGGACUGAGGAUUGAGGGGCACCAGCAGAGGGCGCAUUACCUGUCUCUGAACUUUCAUUCUCUACGAUACAUCCUACACAGUGACGGCUGUAUCCAGGAGGCUCUGCGCAAACUACAGAGUCUGCUCCAGGACUCAUUUGCAGAUGUGAGGACAUUCUGUGAAGACCAGGCCUGGCUGUGUGAGGUCCACCGCUAUGUCCAGUCCUGGUCUCCUAACAUUCUGGAGACCCUCCGGGGAAGUUCUUCUCGAGAUUAUGAAGAACUGAUCCUAAAACUUCAGCAGUGGGAACAGCGAGUCUGCGGACUGAAGGAUUGUGUCACCACGGCCAUGCUGGAGGUCAGCUGUGAGCUCAUCCACACACGGACUGGCUGCGGCCUGGGCGCCAUAUUACACGAUCUCCUCGCCCUCCUGACCUCAGAGGUGGCUGACAAGUCUCACUCCCUCAUCUGGGAGCUAUCACGAGCUCUGGAGAUCUUCAGAGGAGUCUCAACAGAGAUUUCUGCAUUCUCCAAGUGCGCUCAUCAGGUUGCUGAGUACAAAGUGAGAAAAUGUGAAUUAGAAGAGCAAGUGGAACAUGUCCGCUCCCUCCGCGAGGUCAUCCGCAUGAACUACCGACAACAGACAGCAGAAGAGCAGAAGGUGAAUAACGAGUUGACAGAAACCUGGGACAUGUUCCAGCAUUUCCUGAAGACUUCAUCUAAGUUCCUGAGCAGUCACCUCUCCUCCAUGUCCAGCAGCCUGGAGCAUUCAUUCCAGGCCUGUUAUAAAGAGGCAGAAGAUCUGAUCGCAGCGUCCUCCUCUGAUCAUUACAGAGACCCCGACCAGAAGGUGGCUGUAAUUCUGAGAGAUCUGGGAAGUCUGCACCACAAGUUGUGUUCUUCUCUGUCUCAGCUGCGAGACUUUAGUCACUCCCGUCAGGUCCUACAAGGUAAAAGCUUUGACUUCUCGACAAUCUUUGUUGGGGAGAAGCAGAUUCAGGCGCGGCAAGACUCUUGGAAACUGCUGUCCAGAUGCAGAGAGCAGAUCACAGCCUGGAAGCUCAGGCCCUUCAUGAAGGUAAACAUUGAGCAGAUGAGAGAGAAGCUGCAGCAGUGGGAGAAUAGUCUGCAGGACCUUAUGCUAAUACUCCUGGAUGAGGACCCUAUUCUACAAAGUGUGCGGGGUUGUCUUCAGGAUUUCUCUCAGCACCUUCCUCUGCUCCAGUCAUUGCUGGACCCUGCUGUUAAGCACAAGCACUGGGCAGCCAUCUUUGAAGUGAUGGGGAAGACCUCUGAAGAGCCAGAGACUCUAACUCUGAUGGAGCUGCUGUCGGACCCGAUCCUGAAGGAGCAGGAACAAAUUCACAAGACCCUGCUCCAAGCACGUGCAGAGUUCUCUGUCUUACAGGACUUUGAGAAGAUUCAGACAUUCUGGCAAGAAAGAGAAUUCCGUCUGGUCAGAUUCCUCCUCUGUGUCACUAGAGAGGAUCCCGCUCCUGACCUAUUCAAGAGACCGCCAAGUGGAAAAUUCAGGGACCGUGCCAAAGGGUACAGCACCCAAGACACUGGCACCUUCCUUCUAGCUGACACACGUUCUCUCUGCUGUGUAAUUGAAGACAGCCUGCUGUCCCUUCAGACAAUCAGGGGCUCUCCUUAUUCUGCUUGUCAACGUGAUGAAAUCUCAAGAUGGAUCCAAAAACUUACAAAUCUUGAUCAAGUUCUGGACCUUUGGAUCACUUUUCAGAGGAAAUGGGUUUUUCUGACUAAAAUUCAGAGUGAGAUGGAGAUGGUGACAGAAUUCCAGUCCGUUGACCAGAGUUACCGCUCCUUUCUGGAAGUAACGGUGCUCGAUCCUCUGGUUUUAUCGAUAUUGACGCCAAGCAAGAGACGAGAGUGGCAUUUCUAUGGUGAUUCGUUGUGCUCUGCCCUUCAGAGGGGCAUCCAUAUCAUGGAGGACAUCAUAGCGACUAUGGGUAAUGUGAUGUAUACCUUCCGCUGUGACUUCCCGCGACUCUUCUUUCUCAGUGAUCAGGAUGUGAUCAAUGUCCUUGCUGCCUCUCCAGAUCCUUCAGAUCGACUGCCCUGUGCUCUCUUAUGCUUCCCUCAGUUUACAGAUGUCCUAUUCCAAGCUCAGCCACCUGAAUCUUCAGGCUUCCCACUUAUUAGCAGCCAUGACACUGUGGGCAUUAUUGGGAAAUAUGGCGACGCACUGAACUUAAAUCCUCCCAUUAAAUGGAACCCAAGGACUGUCUCAUGGCUGAUAGAACUGGAACAAAGAGUUCAAGAAAGUCUUAAAGAAGAGUUAACUGUAUGUCUGAGCAAAGGUCGACUAAGUGACCUCCACCAGCCCCCUCACCAUAGUGCCCUACAGUGGUGGGUACAACAUGGGAUGUCCUAUCACCUCCAGUGCCUAAUAGUCACAGAGGAAGUGUUGUGGUGUGAAGAAGUGGAAAAACUCAUCCUCACUGACCAGAGCUCACGACUUGGAGAGCACCGAAAUCUGAAGAUAGAGAUCUUGGUCCAGAAACUGAGACAAGGCGCCAGAGAGCAAUGCAAAUCGACGGCUUCUGUCCACCAGGAACUGGCCUUCCUAUCUGCAUGGAUCAGCCUGGCCAUUCUACAACGAGACAGAACAUUAAGCCUGCUGGAUACCAGGAUACAUACUUUAGAUUGCUUCUCAUGGGCCAAACUGAUGAAGUACAGGGCACCCACACAAUCGGGCAUGCAGGAGGAUGCUGGUGAGAUGCAACCAGCAUGCCAUGGAGGAGAGCGCCAGGUGUCCUCAUCUCCCCUAUGUUUUGUGGAUAUGUUGGGGCAUAUAUUACCAUACAAAUAUGAAUAUGUAGGGUUGGACAUGAAGAUCAUGGACUCAGCAGUCUCUGAAAAAACAUCUCUGGGCUUAAUACUGGCGCUCGAGCAUUAUCAAUGUGGGGCUUUCAUUAGCCAAGAUGAAGGCCUUAGAACCCAGACCCUGGUGGCUUUUGGCUGUGCCCUUGGUCGUCAGGUGGUGGUGCUGAAGUGCUGGGCUGGGCUGAAUGUCACCCGCCUGACUCUACAUCUGCAAGGGGCUCUUCAGGGCGGUGCGUGGCUAAUACUGGACAAUGCUGACAGACUAAGCGAAGAUGUCCUGGUGUCGUUAGGACAACUGUUUUCUGACAUCCAGUCUUCCUGUGAAGCUUUGAUGAAGAAAGGAGAGUUUUGUGGGCAUAUAGACAGAAGUACGGAGAUAAUAGGAAAUGUCCAGCUUGAGGAAAGAACACUGUCAGUGAUGAGAAGUUAUGGCUGCUUUGUGACCCUUCCUCACAUGGAUUCUUCAGUCAACCUCCCAUGUAACCUCCGUCUUCUCCUCAGACCAGUAUCAUUCUGCCCUCCUGACCUGCAGAACAUUGCAGAACUCGCUCUUCUUUCUGCAGGUUUCCAAGAACAUUUUCCUUUGGCCAAGAAACUGUCCUUCUUCCUCCAACUAGCCGAGGAGUCGGGGGCUGUUCCAGCUAUUUCUGUCCUUCCUCUACUAAGGAACGUACUCCAGAAAGCUAUUGUCCUAUUGAGGUUAGAUAUAGGAGCCAUAAGAUCCCCCGACCAGCCCCAAUCUCCGCUUCUUAUGGAAUCUGGAUGCACCACUGUGACCACCAGUCUGCAGGAAGAGACGAGGGUAGUGACAGCUCUCUUGGCUUCUUCCCUGUGGUCCAGACAUCCAGUUUCUGCACAUGUUCACCUGAUGGACAUUCUGAGAAGUGUAUUUCCAGUGUCUGUGCCGCCACUGCUCUAUGAUGAGACUGUAGCUGUUUUAUCCCUUCAGCAGCAUCUUCAUGUGUCAGGUCUGGAAGGUCACGCAGAACUCAAUAAUAAUGUUAUGCAGCUUUUCCAAGCAAUACAGCAUACUUCAGGUGUCCUCCUGACAGGUCCUUCAGGCUGUGGAAAAACCACCUGCUGGAAGACUCUGCAGCAGGCACUGAACCAUCUGGAUGCCAGCGAAGCAGCCAUGAAUGCUCCCAUGAGCCCUUCAUACCAGUCUGUUCAAAGCAUCCAUAUCUACCCCAACAGUCUAAGUCCCACUGAGCUUCUUGGCGGAAGGACAGACGGUAUCGGUGUUUUCUCUAGGAUCCUUCACGGAACAAUUCAAGAGGCUGCAGUCCGGAAAUGGGUAAUACUGGAUGGGUCAGCGGCCCCCACCUGGGUGGAGCCCAUUUCUUGCCUCUUUGGCCAGCAGCCCAUGUUAACAUUGACCAGUGGUCAACAGCUGCAUCUUACGGACAGGAUUAAAUUGUUGUUCGAGAUGUCGGACACAUCUGCUCUCAGUCCUGCUAUGUCCUCAGAGUGCAGCCUUGUGUACUGUGGGGGCCAAGAAACAUGGAGGACAGUCCUGAAGGCCUCUCUGUCCAGCAUGUAUAUGAGGUUUGGCAUCUCUCGCAGAACCCAGCACAAGCUGCGCACACUGAGUGAACAACUGAUACCCAGAACCCUCUGCUUCUUGGAGGAACACUGCUCCACCGUCCUCCAUCCUCACCCUGCAAAACAGAGACACACUGCACAUGGAGUCCACCAGGUCUCCUCCUUCUGCACAAUACUUCAAGCUCUUAUGGAUCAACAUCUCCUCCGAGACAGUUCCCAUCGGGCUCCCAUCCAGCCAGAACAUAGAGCAGAUAUGGAGGAGCCACGGGACACAGCACCGGGAUCUGAAGAAGGCAAAGAGAGCGUCCUGUCCGACAACCACCUGCGGGCACAGACCUUCUUCCUCUAUGCCUUCAUCUGGGCUUUUGGUGGCCACCUACAUCCCAGACAUCGCUCCGUAUUUGAUGGAUUCUUGAGGAAAUCUCUUGUACAGUGCGUCCUACAAGCUCAACUUCCACAGGACGCAUCUGUGUUUGAUGUGACUCCUGCACUUGAUGGUCUGACCCUCAUAGCAAAUCUCAGAGCAGACCAACCCGAGAGUCUCCUCUAUGCUGCUCGAUGCAUGGUCCUGUCUGGACACCCAGUAUUAUUGGUAGGUGCUCCUGGUAGUGAAAAGACCACCCUGACCCAAUUAUUGGUCCCUUCUGGAGCAACCUCCACACGGAUUCCAUUUAAUUCCAUGCUACAAGCAGGAUAUCUACGACAACUCCUUACAACCCAACACGAAGCUUCUUCCACCAUGGAGCUGACGAGAGUAAGAGCACUUCGGGCAAGACAACUCUUCAUCCUGGAUGAUCUGCAUGAAGCCUGGGCUGACCCUGAGAGCGGGACACAGCCAGCCCUGGAGGUUGUACGUCAGAUUGUGUCAGACACCGAACCUGGAUCACAGUAUGGCUUCCUGGCCACCAUGUCACCUCCUGAAGACGGCUGUAGACCACUGUGCCCAAGACUCAGUCGCCUGUUUUGUGUGCUUGUGAUGACCCCAUCCAGUUCAGAUGUUCUGAUCAGUCUUUUCAGCCCUCGGUUUAUGAAUUGGUUAAAGUCAACACCCAUUCAGCAACCUAAAGAGUUUAGUGAAGCCUUGGCUGCAGCUUCCAUUAGUCUGUACCACCAAGUCACCACAGCUCUUCCAGCAAAAUACUGCUUCUCCCUUCACCACCUGCACAGAUUGCUCCAGAGCAUGACCUUUCUCUGUCCAUCUCCUGGGGCCAAUCUGCCAGCCAUGCUAAAUGCCAGUAUUUCAGCAACAGAUCUUACACAAUGUGCUAUUGUUCGACUGUGGUCACGUGAAGCUUUGUGUACAUUUGGAGAUGGUCUGGAGACUCAUGAAGAGAUUAAAGUGUUCAGGGAGCUCUUACAAGGUUGUGUACUGAGAACGUUCAGCAGUCAUCACAUGUCUGAGAACAUGGCAGCCGCAGAUGGUGCCGGGACAAUAGAACUGACGAGCAAAGAAGAUGGCAAGCUAAUGGUUACAGACAUGGAGACAGAUGUGGCCACACCUGAAGAUGUAGGACCAGAACUGGAUCUAUCCUGUAAUCAAAGUCCUUCACCUGGGAAAUUCCUUUUACCCCCAGAGCUGCUGGUGGGUGAUGACGAUCUCAAGGACUUUCUUCAUGAAUACAGUUAUGGAUCACAAGUGAGGCCAAGUAAAGUGCAGACUGAUCACAACCUGACCCUCAGUUCUGAUGAUUGCCAUCAUCUUGGCCGCCUCACCCGAGUUCUCCAUCUCCCAAGGGGACACAUUGUACUGCUAGCAAAAUACUCUGGAACAGGGAGGAGAAGUCUGGCACGACUAGCUGCCCAGCUCACGAAGUGUACACUGCUGGAGCUCAGUGGUAAGGAGAACCCAGAAGAAUGUCAUGCUAUAAUCCGGGAGGCUUGCUGGAGAGCUGGUGUACAAGGGUCUUCAGCAGCAAUCCUGGCCGGAGAAGAAACCCCACAAAGGGAACUGGAAGCUGUAAUACGUGAGGGAACGUUUCCAGGACUGUACAGUGCAGAACAGGAGGAGACCAUACUGCAAGCCAUGGUACAAAUGAAUGAGAAAAACUGCAAUAAAAGAGCCAGCAAAAAGUCACUGAGAGAGAGGUACAGUAUCCAGGUACGCAAUAACCUUCAUGUGAUAUUCCUUCAGAAGAUUGAUGCCCGGUUCCCACAGCUCACGAAAUUCACCUACACAGACGUGUAUCAUCCAUGGAGCUUUACAUCUCUCCAGAAUAUUGCAGAGAAGCUUCUGGGCGGUUCUCCGAUACGCGGUUCACUAACCUCCAACAUCUCCAGAGUUAUGUCCUCCAUCCACCUCCUGGCCCAGAACUAUUGUCACCGGAUGUGGCCACAUCUCCCACUGACCACACCAGGAGCCUUCAUCAGCUUCAUACAGAUUUACCUGAAGGUCUCCUCAGAACUCCAGGAUGUAAUAGACACAGAGGAGGAAAGGCUCCGGCGUGCUGUAUCCCGGGUGGAGCAGGUCUUUGAUGUGCGAGAAUACUGGACAAAGGAGAUGGCGAAAUGUUCCCAGCAUCUGCAGGAGGCAGAACAGGAGAAGAAGCACUGGAGCAAAGAACUGGAGGAGAUCAGGGAAGAAGAGGGACGAGUCAAGGCAGAGUGCGAGGCACUGGAAAGGACCAAAGAGAGAGUGAGGGCCACACUGACCAGACUGCAGAGUCAGAGGCAAAAUGACCUGCAACAGGCUCGGCUCCAGUGGGCUGCUGUCCAGAAAGAUCUGAAAAUAUUGGAUGUGGAGGAGAUCAGAAGCUACCGUGUCCCACCGCCCCCUGUCAUCAUGGUCACAGAUGUCCUCUGUACUGUGUUCGGAAAAGAAUCAGGAUGGGAAAAUGCCAAACUUCUCAUUGGACAAGACAACUUUUAUCAGGAUUUGCAGUUUUACGAUGGGCACAGGAUGGCCGAUGGUGUUUUUGCUUCCCUGACGAGAGCAGUGAACAGCCCAGAAUUUAAUGUCCGGCUUGUGAGGCCGGUGAGCGCAGCAGCAGCGUCCCUCUGUCAGUGGCUCGUGGGUCUUCAGCGCUACUGCAGCAUUCUCCGUACCCUGGAGAAGGGGAGGGCGAUACUGUCCGAGGUGGAAGCAGAAGACCUGCAGGCGGCUACGAGGAUCGCAGACCAGAAGCUGCUGCAGGAAAAGCUGAUGAUGCUGAAAGCUCAAAGCUCCCACAAUCUACAGAAAGCCGAAGACACAGAAGAAGAUCUACAGAGGGAUCUACAACAGCUGAGGAGCAAGCGGGCCGCUGCCCAAGAGUGUGAGAGCCGAGCACAGCCCCAUCUGAAUACUUGGAGUUCAGCUUUGGAGACCCUGCAGCAUCGUCGUCAGUCUCUCCAGGUUGACGCCCUGCUGGUUUCUGCCUCUGUCACCUACCUUGGCUGCCUACCGUGGAGCCGCUGUACUGCCCUGCUUGAUAAGUUGUGGUCUCUCUGCUCUGGGGAUGAAGUGUCUGUGGAUCCAGAUGAUAUGAGAGAAGGGCUUGAGUCUCCAAGUCAAGACCAGAGAGUGCCGGGUCACCUACUGGAACUGCUCUGCUCUCCCUCCAAGAGGAUGAUGUGGCAGAAAGAGAGGCUUCCCAUGAACAUGGAGACUCUGACACGAGCUGCCCUCCUCCGAGCAAGUGGCUUCUACUCAGCACCCAGACCAACACUGAUCCUGGAUCCGGAUCUCAGGGCGGAGAGGUGGCUGCAGGUUCUGCUGUGCAAACAGGAGCAGGAGAGAGGCAAAGCGUCCCCUUCUGACGGAGAUCGUCCCUGGCCGAGUCCUCUAGAUGAGAUGCCGGAGCUGUGUGUGAUUGAUGCGUCUGACAUGGCGGUCACCCAGAGACUGUCGUCUGCCAGAGAACAAGGUCUAUGUGUUCUCAUAAGAAAUGUGGAGAAGAUGCCAUCAUGUCUGGAGACUGUCCUACAAUGUAGACAAGGAAGCCAAUUCCAUCCAGUCUCAUCCUCAAAGAGGCGGGAAGCUCCAUCCAGCUCUAAUGAUGGCUCCACACAGAACCCGUCACACCCAGUGGUCCCUCCAGUGACCCCAGAUGAGACGGCCUCGGUGUUCCUCAGCACCCGCCUCCCUCUCAAUAUAUUUGUGCAAGAGGUCGGUGCUUCAUUCCUGAAAGAUGUCACUGUGGUAGAUCUGAGCCUUGGCCCCUCAGGACUGGAGGAGCUGCUGGUCCAGGAGAUGGUGCAGUUUAAGGAUCCACGGCUGCAAGAAGAGAGGCGACGUCUGAGCUGGAACGCACUGAAACUGAUGAAGGCGCUGGGCAGCACUCAGGACCAGUUAUUGGAUUACGUCUCCUCAGGAACGAGCCCUCUGGUUGAGGACAAGGAUUUCCUGAAUGUGGUGUCCACAUGUGAGGAGGCCAAGGCCACACUGCGGCAAUCAAUGCAGGAUGUGGAAAUUUUACAACAACAGCUACAAGCACCCAUGACGCCCUAUGUGUCUGCAGCUCAGAGUUGUGUCCACCUCUUCUCCAGACUGCAGGAAGUAUCACGAUUAUCUCCACAUUAUCACUUUCCUGUUUCCUCGAUCUUAAACUGGGCCCUCAGUGCCCUUCAUGGUCAGACAGAGAGUGGACAGGAGUUGGAGAAGGUUCUGACUCGUGGAGUCCUCACACGUGUCCUUCCCAUGAUCGCUGAGGAACACAGGCAUGUCCUACAUGUGUUGCUGGCAGUGGGGAGGCCUCAUCCUCUUGAGUGGUUCUCAUUCUUGGGACUUCGAUGUAAAUCAGUGUUUGAGACUUUAUCCUCCUGCAUCCAGAGACCACAGUGGGUAGACGUCCAAGCCUGGGAAGCAUUGGCACAGCUGGAGAAGCUCUCUGCCUUUCAGGGCAUCCGUUCAUCCCUGAGUGCACAGACAAAGCAAUGGCAGGAAUACUUUAGUCUCCGCUCCACAGUUAUUGGUCCCAUACCCUGCUCCAGCUUCUCGCACCUGACCCUCUUCCAGGCAGCCAUCUUGUGGAGAAUCCUGAAGCCUGAAUGUCUGGGCCUUGUCUUAUCUCACCUUUCCUCAUGCAUCCUGGGGCCAGAGCCUGAAGAUAAGUGUCAAGAAGAUGUCAUAAGUCAGUCAGAUGCUCAUACUGCAGUCCUCUUCAUCCGUCCACCAGUUUCACCAGAUCUUCCCACUUGUUACAUCCUGCACUUAGCACAGAAGAGGGGCAAGGAGGUGAAGAUGCUGUCCUGGAGCGAGGCCCUUCCUGCCAGCACCAUGACAGGCACAUUGCUCACCAGUCAGCGAGAGGGGCACUGGCUUCUGCUGAACUGGCACCCAAAGCUGGCAGAUCUCCUGCUGACUGUAAAAGCAGACGAGGUGAAUCCUGAUUUCAGACUCUGUGUGACUGUAGAUGAGGAGAUGAUGUCCUCUGUGCCAGUUGCCCUAGGUUUUGGCUCCUGCUCUGCCCCCUGUGCACUUCGCUUGGCCCUCCGUGAUGUUCUUCUUCAGAGCUGUUUAGAUGUGGCAGAGGAUUUGGGGUUGCAGAACACGCUCCCCCUUAAGCUACUGAUUCUCCACAGUGUCCUGCUACUCAGACAGGAAUACAGCCAGCAAGUACAGCGCCGCGCAUACUGCUGGGGUCAGAAGGAUCUGAGGACCGCUGUGUGUGCUGUGAGGACGGUGAUGGCGCAGUGCCAGGACUGGAAUGAAGCUCUGCCCUUCAUCACAGGUGCCGUUAUAUAUGGAGGUCACAUUGUAGAAGAGGACGAUGCCCAGAGUGUCAUGGCGGUGGUUCAGCACUGCCUGCAAGAAUCACAUCAGCGAGGCAGCCGGGGACUUUCACACAUGAUGUCGGCACUGCCGGCGGGUGGUGUGAACGGCCCCUGGUUGUGUGGAGUUACCUGGUCGCUGCAGAAAUUGCUCUCUAUGAGGGACCUAGCAGUUCUAGGCCUGAGUGAGGGUCUAAAGAAUGUGACCACCGAGCUGUAUGGGUACAGACUUUUCUCUGACCUGCUCAUUACUCAAGAUGUGUGGAUGUUCCACCCCUGCAGAGCUAUUCUUCAAGACUGCUCCUCAGGAUGUGGAGGUUCCAGGAGGAGGAGAACAUCUUCAGAGUCUUCCAGCCCCAGGUCUCCAGUGGUACAUGACACAACAAGUCAGUGCCUGGAUCUUCUGCUGGAGCUAGUGAAUGAACAGCAGAGGACUGAAAGGGAGCUUGACCCUGGACUUCUGCUGGAUGGUCAACAGGUUCCAGGCCCGGACACCAGCUGUACCCUGAGUUCCCGGGCCAAUACAAAAACUACAUCUGCUGAGUGGUCGAAAGAAGGCAAGAAGAAGCGAUGGUCAGUGGCCACUGAUGAUGAAGUGGACAGAUGGUCCAAGCCACGCCCUAUGCUCCGUUUCCUACUUCAGGAGUGGAAGCUUCUUCACACACUGAUCCAGGGAGCCACUCAGGAGGCAAGAGACGCUGCUUCUUCCUGCCUCUGCCAGAAGUGCCAAGAGAUGAGGAAGAUGUUGAGUGAGGGGCAGGUGCCUCCAGGCUGGAACGUCUACUCUCUAGCCUCUCCUGUUACUCUGCAGGCCUGGAUCCAGGGCCUUCACCUGCGCCUCAAGCUUCUGUCCACCUAUAUGUCCCAAUCCUCGCCCCUUGAUGUCACCUAUAACGUGAGCGUCUUCCGCCAACCGAGCGGCCUCCUCCACAGUCUCCUGCAGGAACAAGCGCUAGAGGACCACCGAGAGCUAGAGAGCUACCGCCUACAUAUGCAGGUUUCCGGCAGAACGUCGCCCUCGCUGCAGCCUGUGGGAAUCUCGCUGGUCGGGAUACAUCUGCGUCACGCCCUCUGGGACACCCGUCUGGAAUUACUACAAGAGACUCUGUCACCACAACUCUGCGCCCUCCCUUCAAUACACAUCUCUGCUGUGCCACAAGCCAGCAAUGCCAAAUGCCAUCAUCCUGCACAGUCCUACUAUCUGUGCCCGCUGUACAGUGGGGAGGGCCCUGGGGGCCACAAGCAGCAUCAGGAGAGGCCACUGCUGCUCCUUCCACUUCCCACCACCGUUUCCCCUUUCUUAUGGAGCCAGCGCCGUGUUCACGCCAUCUCUUUACUGUGACAUGAGGCAGCGAGAUGACACACUGCAACAAAAAAUAA